AUACGUUGCAUUCGUCACUUAAACUCACACAACCCCACGGACGACAGCAACAACGUCAAACAUUAGAAAGUCUAUUCGAUAACGUGUGUCUGGGGAUUGUGCUCGACGACGGCGAAAUCGAAUACCGAACUGGAGUCAAGCCUUUCGCCUCAGUACGCCCAAUCCGCUGCCUGCAUCUUGUUCUACCGUCUUGGGGUUCUGGGCUCCUGGGCAUUCAUCGGCUGCGCUUAACACCACCAAUACGCAUCCACCAGCAUCGUACAUCUAGCAAACUCAUCGCCAAGCGGCCUGAACAUAAUCGUCCGCGCAGCGGAGAUACCGGAAGACGGAAGUUGGCGUUGGAUAUUCACCGUCAGUGGUGGUCACGUACUGCAGUCAGCCACUUGCAGAAGCAAAUAUCGUUAGAGCACCGGAAGCAUGACGGCGAAGACAGCAAACGCCAAUCGCGCGUUCGACCUCCAUCCUUUCUCCACGAAUCUGCUCAAGACGCGUGACGAUGUCGUUGCCGCCGUGGGCUCACUGCUCGAUCCCCUCAUUCCGGGUUUCUCACCCAACAAUGCUUUGAUCAAAGUAGGCAGCACAGGAACACGUUUCGACGAGACGGGUGCGCAGGUCGAAGGCUUCGCUCGCCCACUAUGGGGUCUUGCGCCUCUGCUAGCUGGUGGUAACAAGUAUGCUGCAACGGACAAGUUUGUUCAAGGUCUAAUCUCUGGGACGGACCCUGAAAAUCCGGAGUUUUGGGGGUAUAUGGAGGAUACGGAUCAGAGGAUGGUGGAGACGUGUCCGAUUGGGUUUACGCUUGCGGUUGCGAAUAAAGAGUUUUGGGAUCCGUUGACGGAGAGGCAGAAGAAGAAUGUAGAGACGUGGUUGGGGAGUAUGAAUGAUAAGAAGAUGCCGGAUACGAACUGGCUUUGGUUCCGCGUCUUCGCCAAUCUGGGACUCGAGAGGAACGGUGCUAAGUGGUCGAAAGAGCAGCUGGAAAAGGACAUCAAACAACUCAACACGUAUUACCGUGGUGACGGCUGGUCCAACGACGGACCUGAUACCUACCGUCAGAUGGACUAUUACUCAGGCUCCUUUGCAAUCCAAUACCUACAACUUCUCUACUCCAAACUUGCCGCAGACAUCGACCCAGAGCAAGCUGAGGAAUACAAAGAGCGCGCACGCAUGUACGCCCAGGACUUCGUCCACUUCUUCGACCCCGAAGGCCGGGCCAUCACCUUCGGCCGCUCACUAACAUACCGCUGGGCCAUGGUCGCCUUCUGGGGCGCAAUCGCCUAUGCAGACCUCGAACUUCCCGCCCCCCUCUCCUGGGGCGUUGUAAAAGGAAUCUGGAUGCGCAACCUACGGUGGUGGACAACGCAACACGACAUUUUUCAAUCCAACGGCAUGCUCACGGUAGGCUACUCGUACCCCAACUACUACCUUGCGGAGAACUACAACUCGCCCCAAAGCCCCUACUGGUGCAUGCUCGCCUUCGCCUGUCUCGCAGUCCCUGAAUCCCACCCCUUCUGGUCCGCAAAAGAAGAACCCCAUCCUUAUGCCAACACGCGCGUUGUACGCUCGCUACCUCAUCCCCGUCAGAUCGUGUGCCGCUCAGGCGGCCACAGCUUCAUGCUUUCCUCUGGCCAAUCCUGCCACUACGCCAUCAAGAACAGCAACGCGAAAUACGGAAAAUUCGCCUACAGCGCCGCCUUUGCCUACUCUGUUUCCACCGGCUACCAGGAACUCGAGCAGUUCGUACCAGAGUCCCAACUCGCCUUCUCCGACGACGGGGGCGAGCUGUGGAAGAUGCGGAGAGCGCUCAAUGGGGACUCGCAGAUUGAAAACUUCGAUGGCGUGCCGGUUUUGGUGUCGAGUAUGAAGCCGUGGAGUGAUGUGGAGAUCACGUCGUAUUUGGUGCCGCCCGCGGAAGACACACCGAACUGGCAUCUCCGCAUCCACCGCGUGACAUCUGGCCGCGAUAUCAAGAGCGCAGAGGGUGCGUGGGCCGUGUACGGCGCCCGCGAAUCAGACGGUCGCCUCCUCACCGAAUGGAACGGUACGCUUCGUACACUAGACACCUCCAUCCCCGAGGGCGGCGCUUCAGACUCUUCGUCUGCGUUUGCGGCUUCGCCUCGUACAGGUGCUGUGGGUAUUGCGGAUGUUUAUCAGACAAAGCGCGAGGGAAGCGUUAUCCUGGCGGAUGCGAAUAGUAAUCUUCAGGAGAGUAGGACCGUGUUGCCGGUUCUGCAAAAGGAUAUUAAGAAGGGGGAGACGGCGUGGUUUGUUACGGCCGUGUUUGCUAUGCCGGCGAGCAAAGAGGGGUGGAGGGAGAGUUGGAAGGAGGGCUGGGAGAAGAGACCGGCUGUGCCGGGAUGGGUGAAGAAUUUGAUGGAGAAAUAGGGGUUGCGCAUGUGUCUGGCAUGCCUUGACGCGAACAGUCUCACCUAAAAGAUCAUGCUAUCUGAAUAGUUGUUUCGCAACUUUGUGCUUGGAUUGUUUUAUUGCGUACAUGAUCACGAAAUUUAUGUUUGGGAACUCUUGACGAAGACCGUAGCUAGAUUCC